CCGCUGCUCACUGUGACGUUGAUCUGACGCACGUCAUUCUGGGAGAACACAAUCGGAAGAACAGCAAUGCCAAGAAAAUUAAAAUAAUCAGCCGAUGCAAAUACAGCAAAUACAAAGACCCUGGAUUAGGUUAUGACAUAAUGCUCCUUAAAUUGGCCAGAAGAGCUCCGAUAGGCAACAACAUUGAAACCAUUCCACUGGUAGAGGGGGACAUGAACUUGGAGGACAAUCAGGAGUGCUCUGUAGCUGGAUGGGGGUUGACGGAGAGCAGUAACUAUCCUGUGGAUGACCUGAUGGUGGCGAGUGUGUCCAUCAUUAAUAAGGAGGUCUGUUUGAACUCCUGGGGCGGCCUUCCCGACAACGUGAUCUGUGCUGGUGGAUAUGAAACCAACAAAGGAUUCUGUCAGGGGGAUUCUGCAGGUCCUCUGGUGUGCAACGGGAAAGCUGUCGGCCUCGUCUCUUUUAACAAACAUAAAAACUGCAGAUACCCAGAUGUGCCCAACGUCUACACGGACAUCAGAGAAUAUGUUGACUGGAUCAAACAAAUCCUCGUGGAGGGAACGUGCCCCAAUGGCCAGGGUCGAAUGAGGGAGAUCCCCCCUCAUUCACGGGAGUCAGGGAUCAGAGACGUCUACAAAGCCCCUAAAUCCGUGAAUCCCCCAAAUAAGCAGACCCCCAGAAUCAACAAAUCUACAAAUCCCCCAGAUAG